CUCGUGCUCAAUAUCAAUUUCCACCCAUUUAUAGUAAUUAAAAACGCUUUCAAACACCUGAAAUUCUUCUUCGAACUGUUAUAAAACAUGCGUUUGUUGCUCACUUCACAGUUUUGAAUUUGAAUGGCUGUGCAAAUGUCAUAAAUUUUCUUCUCUCUUGUUUUGAUCCCUGAGAAAUACAUUUCCAGCCGCUUUUCCGUGGCUCUCCGGAUGGAAGUGGAGCGCGUGCUGAAGCUGCCGGACAGUGGCGAGGCGGAGGUGGUGUGCGUGAAGCAGGACGACGCUGUCACGCUGAGAGCCAAUCGAGUGGCCUUGGAAGCUCUCCUCGAAGGAUUUGACCUGAAAUCUCUGUCCAAGACUUUCCUGAACCAUGACAUCAAGCUGCGCACUCUGGCGCAGCUCACGGAGGAGGAUCUGGUGCUGCUGGGCAUUGAGGACUCGGCGCUCCGGGAAGCCAUGCUGAAGGAUUUCGCGUGUCAGCCCAACCAAGUACCUGGCUUCGACGAGUUCCUGCGCGCCCUCGACCGCGAGUCCUGCAACACCCGCACGAUGCGCUCAGUGAUCACGCACCUGCACACGCUCCAGGACUCCGUCGUGUCGUCGUACCUGAAGCUCUACAUGGAGAAUCCCAACGACAUUCCCAUCGGAGACUCCUUCGCCACCGCCUACGUCAUCCAGACGCUGGACGAGAUCCUCAGGCGCGCCCACGAGAUGGACAGCGACCUGGUGCGGAUUCAGGAGGACUACAACAGAAUGAACCUGCCAAAGAAGAAGUCCGUGCGCCAUCUGAAGACGCUGGGCAGCGUCGCGUGCGUCCUGCUCGCCGGCUUCGGCCUGUACAAGCUGGCCACGUCGCGAUCCUCCCUGGCGCACCUCACCGACUACCUGCAGCCCUUCCUGGACAGCCAAGUGGCGCCGCCGGACUGGUGAAAUGAGAACUGAGAUGCCUUGUGAAGAGUUUAGGUUUAUUUUCAAUACAAUACUCCUCU